CCCAGGAAGCAUGGCGCUGGUUGUGUACAGGCUCGACUCCCUGCGUUACGGGAUCCAGAGGUAACAGCGGUGUGAUCGCGGGGGCUCUAGCCGACGAAGAGUGAGUGAGAGGCGGCUUGGGAGGAGAGAGCGUCUCUCCUGUUUGUUCGAGAAUCCCACCAAUGGAUGACAGCCUGUCUCGGAGGGAGGCAGCAGCUCGUCCGAGGAGGGUGUCCGCUGCUGCCGCUGCUCGCGCCGCCGAGCUUGGAGCUAACACUAGCCUGCAAGAUGGCGAGGUGAUCGAGGUACACCCAGCCCGAGAAACUCACCUCGGCCCGGGCAGGCUGAGUGCCGCCGGUGGGAAGAUGGAGCGGAGGAACUCGGUGCUUCAAGUUGUCCACCAGAGACAUAUGCCGAAGGAGCCCCUCAAGUUCCACAUACCGAGGAAAACCAAGGAAAAGAAAGCUCUGUUCCAGUAUGUCUCCACUGAGUCCAGGGAGUACGAAGACAUGCUGACCAUCUUGACCUCCAGCUACAUCGACACCUUCUCCACCGGCUGCUUCACCUACUGCAAACCUCGGCUCGUCCACAGCGAGCUGCUGGAGAAAGAGUUUGUAGAGAAAAGGAGGGAGAUGAAGUCGGACGGGAGAACAGACAAAGAGCUGGAGGAGAGCUACUGUUUCCUGUUGGCUGAUACUGUUAAGCUGCCUGAUAUCUGUGAGAAGGGGCUGUUGGUGGGUCAGAGCUGGAUCACAGUGCUGGGAAACCCCACUAAAGGAGUGUAUCUGUCCAGGUACUCAGACCUGCUCCAGAUCAACUCCAUAACCCCUGGAGCCACAGGGGAGAUCAUAAUCUUCAAAGUGAUGAAGGGGAAAGUGAAGAGCAUAUAUGAAAACAUGAAGAACCUUUUAGAUCCAACGCCGCGCUUCGACAGCCACAUCUCCAAGAACGCCAGCAAAGUCACCUCGCUGACCUCCUACCGCGCCCUCGAACUCACACAGCAAUAUUUCUACGAGUAUUGCUUUGAUGAGCUGCGACAGCGGCCUCGCCAGGUCUGUCCGUACGCCGUUGUCUCCUUCCAGUUUAAAGGGAAAGAUUCUCAACUUCCCAGCAAUCCUCUGGCCCCCAUGAGGUUGAACAGCCAAUCAGCAGAGGGGAGUAAAGAGCGUGCUCAGUUCACAGUGUGGACUGGAGAUUUGGUGAAAGGUGACAGAGUUCUCUUCCAAAUAUCCCUUCGAUCCUUCUCUCCUCCCUUUCUGCCCCACAGACUACCAGAGAAGUUGGAAAUCGGUUCGUUGAUGAGGCUCGACCAGGUGACCAAGCUCCUCCCCUCCGAACUGUUCUCCUACAACCUCUACAACAACAGCCAAGAAGUUGUGAAGAACGGCCAUUGCUGCAGUCUCCUGGAGGUGGCUGACAGAAGUCGGUCUACGACCAGCCUGUCGAGACUGCUGCACGAACUGGAGAUGAAGAGAGUGGUUUUGGUGACACAACUUACAGAGAAAGGCUUUCUCAUCCUGCUGUCCAGUGUUCAGAUGGCCACACCCACUGAGAGAGGAGAGAACUGGAACAGGUGUCUUCAGGCCUUGUUUGUCUUCCCAGAGUCCAGAGAUGUGGCUACAUCCACAUUAAGCUCUGCCUCCUCUUCCCAUGAUGCCUCAGAGUCGUUGAUGCCUGGUGUCACGGUGAUGCCACAUCUGAACCAGUUUAUCCCAGCGUUGCACCACGCCCUGGUCAAGGCCCGCGCCAACCCCCCUCCUGAGCUGUCUGCCGGCGUGGAGCGUCAGGCACGGGAAUACCUCAUCGGCCAAAACGACGGCAAAGUUCGACAGUACCCCAUGAGCAAGUACGAAUCCAAAUUGGAUGAGCCAGGAAAGCCGUUUCCUGCUCCCAAACACCACAGACUGAACAUGGACGGAUAUCUGCGCUCCUACCUGUAUAACCCCGUCCUGUACCUGCUGUCAGUGGCCCGGGCCAGGCUGAUGAUGGAGGCGCUCUGUGGCCCUGAGGAGCCUCAGGAUGUGAGGCUCAGGAAGAGCUGUGGAGGCCAGAGAGAGGCGACGGGGAAGGAGAUGACAAGUAGCGCUAAAGAUGGACAGACCAAAGCUCAAAAGAUGCAGCAGCUCAUAGACCUGGUUUUAACCUGUAAGAGGAAUGCGGAGAAUGAGGUGAACAGGGAGGAAGGAGGAGGAGGAAUGGUGAAGGCACCAGGGAGGAAGAGGCGACUGGAGCAGGAGAAGGCAGAGAGGGCACUCAAGUUCCUGAAGGCAUCACAGGAACCUGGAAGACACAGCAAGAUUCCAGUGGAGGGAAACCAAGUCCCAGCCUCACCUGGCUCCUUUGCGUCUGUGAUUGGCUCAGUGGGUUUGAAGGACGUCGAUCUGAGGGAAGAUGGAUCUGAACUAGCUGCCAAACUUAUCAGCCUUCUGACAGGCCUCAACCAGGCUGCCAGGGGAGCAGCCAAUCAGAACGUUUGUGAAGUGCAAGAGGAGGUCCAGAGGGAGUCCUGUCCAUUUGACAGGUUGGCCACCAAACUGGGUCUGCCCACCAACUGUGACAUUGACCUGAGGAAGCAGGAGGAGCUGGAGGAGCAGACGGCGGGCAGCAUCAGUAGUUUGGAGGGAUUCAGUCCCAGUUCCCACAGCGGGGAGAUGAAUCACCACGGAGUAGCAGGUAGAGGAGGAGGAGGAGGGCUGGGGAGGAGAGCAGGAGGAUAUGAAGAGGAGGAGGAAGGGGGGGAGAUCCCGUGGGUCCUCAUUCCCAUUACAGGUCUGUGUUCAGAGCGGUACACCCAGAGAGACAGAAACAUCCCUCAGGACCCCCGCUUCCAGCACCUCACCACGGCAACGAGCAUUACCACAACAACCAAACCUUCAAGGAUGAGCCCCACCCCGUCCCCUGAGCCCAGCCCUCCUCCGUCCCCCUUCGAGUGCCCGUCCCCCGUCCCCAGCCCUCCUCUGUCCCCCUCCCAAUGCCCAUCACCUGACCCCAGCCCUCCCCCUUCGCCCAGCCAAUGCCCUUCUCCAGAGCCCAGUCCUCCCCAUUCCCCCUCUCAAUGCCCGUCCCCGGAGCCCAGCCCUCCCCCUUCGCCCUUCCAGUGCCCAUCUCCACAGCCUAGUCCUCCCCCAUCUCCUUCCCACUGCACAUCCCAUGAGCUCAGCCAUCCCCCCUCCCCCUUCCGGUGCCGGUCGCCAGCGCCAAAUGAGCUCAGCCUGUUUAACAAGGACCACAGUGGUGCUUACGAGGGACGUUUAGCACCCACAGCCUCCAGGGAGUUUGCAGGAGUGUCCAAGGACAAAGAAGAGAAACAUCAGGGGAAAGUAAAGAAGAAUGAAGAGCCAUCCAUCUCCAUCCAGCCUUAUAUCACUCCAGCUCCAGAGAGGAGGACAAACCUCUCGCCCCCAGCACCCACUGAGCGAGAGAAGGAAGGUGGGAAGUUGCAGGCAGAACCUUUAGCGAAGGAAAAAGAAACUCAGUCAGUUGACAGCCUGCAAAAGCGAGGAGCCAACGAGGGUGAGCUAGAGGUCGAUAAGGUGGUGAAAAUAAUUCAGGUGGCAGGUAGUGAGAAGGAGCAAAAGGGAGAAGCGAAGGAACUGGUAGUUGGCUCUAUGUUUUCUCCAUCCGUCUCCUCACCUCCUUCUCGUCCCAUCCGAUGUAUUGACAGCAUCGUGGACAAACAUCUGGCAAACUUCUCCUCUGAGAUGCAGCUCGUCCUGCAGGAGGAGAGCAUUCAUUACAACUUCCCACAGUCCCCACACUCCACUUCAAACACAGACGCUACAGCACUUCAGCACACACCCCCACACACCCCCAUAUCACAGUUUUCACAUUAUGUCUCUUUCUACAACCCCUGCCCCCCUGUCCAGGACUACGUUAGCUCCCUACAGGACAGCAUUAACAGCAUGCUAAAAGAGUGUGGUGACAGCUGUCCGAGACACAAGCCCGCCACCAGUCGGACUCACACCGACGCCGCGUUGGCUUGCAAAGUCAGCGCUUUUGUGUCCAGCAUCAGAGCAGCUAAAGCCAAAACAGGCGGAGAGGAUGACGAUGAUGAACUGACAGCUGCUGACGGCGGUGCUUCAGUCAGUCAAACUCCUGCACUCUCCAGAGGAGGUGAAGCGUGGCAGCCACAUACAAUCCCCCAACCCGAUACUACAAACAGCAGGAAUACCGCAGCUUUUCACGUCACUUUACCUGUUACUACCUCUGUGUCUGGUUCUGUCUACAAGCCUACCAACACUGCCGUCCUCCAUCCUGCUCCUAACAUGUCCCCACAGUCCCACUGGACGCCACAGCAAAGUCGCACUUUAGAGACUAACAGAACAGUCGCUCAUAACACGAGACAAACGCAAGAAAGCAGCGCCACCAGGACUGUGCAGUGUACCGCUGGUGUAGAGAGUGGGAGAAGUCUUGGAGGUACAAGUUGUGAGGGGGCUUUGCCAGGGUUCAGCGGUGUAUCGAAGCCCUCGACAGAGUCAUCACACCCCUCUGAGCCGGUCCCCGGGCCCAGCCCAGGCCCUGCUCCCCCGGCCACAGCCCUGAGCUCCCUGAUCAGCCAGCUGCAGCCAGAGGUGUUCAACAGCCUGGUGGAGAUCAUCAAAGACGUCAAGAGAAACUCCCUGCAGUUCUACCUCCACAGCACCGAGCCAGAGGACCGGGUGUAUGAAGACAUCAAGGAACACCUGUUGAAGCAGGGUAACGUGGAGCAGAAUCCCAUUGCCUUUUUAAACCAAGAAAACUCAACAACAGACAACAGACUGAUGGUCAUCAUUAAGAACAAAGACAUCGCUGAGCACGUCCACAAGAUUCCAGGUCUGGUGUCUCUGAAGCGACACCCCACUGUGGUGUUUGUGGGAAUCGAUACGCUGGAUGACAUCAGGAACAACAGCUACAACGAGAUCUUUGUUUCUGGAGGCUGCAUCGUUUCUGACGAGUUAGUCCUCAACCCGGACUACAUCACUCACGAUCGACUGGCUGCACUGUUGAUGCUCCUGGAACAGCACAGUUCUCCAGAGAGCGUCUGGAGGUGGAAGAUUCACUGCAAAACCCACAAGAAAUUAAAAGAACAAGCCAGGUUCAGGAGAGAUGCAGCCAACCUCCUGGACCUACUGUCAGCCUAUCAGAAGCGGCAGAUCGUUGAGUUCCUCCCGUAUCAUCACUGCGAUAUGAUGAACCAUCAGUCACCUGACCUGAACUGUCUCAUGGAGCUCCAGGCCCGAUACACACAGUAUCGACACACUGUCCUCUUGACUGAGAAUCCUUUUGAGAAGUUUCCCGCGUACUCCAGCGGCGGCAUCAUCGUGGCCAGUGUUGACAAAAUUCUACAGGACUUCGCCAGAGUGGUCGGUUACCAUGACAUCAAGGACAAGCAGCCAAUCGUAGAUGACAUGCUGUCUCCUAAAGGUCUCGGCAGGCAGCUGAGUCGCAGUGACUCUGUGUCGGGCUCUGAACGCUCGCCCUCCAUCUUCCCAGAACACAUCCACUCCCUCUCACCCCAUGAUCAACCCCAACAUCUCCUCCAGCAGUCCGGCUCCGGCCUCCCCCUCCUCUCACAUCUCUCUGACCAGCUCGUCCCCGACACCUCCUGUAAGGAAGGGGUGUCGCAUCAUUCAGGCACAGACUUUGAGGUUCUUCGACUGGCCAUCUCACAGUUACGGGCUGAACGCCAGGCGCAGCUGCAGCAGCAGCAGCAGUUAGACUCCCAGGCAGAGUUGAGCAUCAACCCCCUAAAAAGCUUCCUUCCCAAUCCUGUUCAUACAGGAAGCCGACACACCAGUCCUGUUUUAAGUCAAGGAGGCGCUUCUGAGUCGGUCACUCCUGGUAAGAAAGCCGUGGCAGCCACUCUGAAGUUGAUCCACUCAGACCUGCAGCUGCAGCUGGCCGAGGAGGAGAUGAAGGCGGGCAGAGCAGAGCGACCGAGGAGUGGAGGAAGUCAAGGAGGAGUAGGAGGAGGAGUAGAGUCCAGAAAUCAGAGAGAUCCCAGAAACGGCGACAAGUCAAAACCUUCGUCCAAUCAGAACACAGCUGCAGUGACAGGAACAAGUAACCUGACGGACUCGAACAGUGACGGGAGAGAAAAAGGAGAUCCACAAGCAGAACCUGCGUUUCCCAAAGCAGCUAAACAUAGUGCAGCAUCUGCCAGUACCACAGCUUGUCCUGUAGAGGGCGACAGAUCAAGAGACACGCAGUCGGGCCAGGAACAGCCAAUAAGAGGAGAGGGAGCACCACCUGGCAACAACAGCACUGUGGGACCUGCCAGUACCGCCAAGGUAACAGACCAGGAGGACGACUCCAAUCCUGCUGUUCCCCGUUUACAACAGAUCCAACAGCACGAACACCUGCAGCAACUGAAUGAGCAACAGCAGCUCCAGCAGAGUCUGUCACACCGACAGCAACCACCUCACAGCCAGCCGCGGGUCCAAAGCCUCCUGCAGCACCCCCACAUGCAGCCCCCGCACCUGCAUCAGCUCCCCAACCAGCCUUUCUCCCGCGGCCCCUUCCUGGGGCCCCUGACUGCAAUGGGAGGAGGCCUCCUGGGGCCCACGCCUGUCUGGCCAGGGGGCAUGGGCCCCGCUGGCCUGGUCUGGGGCUUCCAACAGGGUGGCAGGGACUACACUGGUUCUAGACUGCUGGGGGGGUACCACAACCCUGCAGGUCAGGGCAGCAACAGGUACCGAGGGGGGCAGAGAGGAGGGGGCUUUAACGGGAUGUAGAGCCAUCCAGUUUAAACUACACCAGCUAAUUAACCCAGGUAACACUCUUCGCUGACAUCUACACACCGGCAGCAGGUUGAAGAGGGGGAAGAAAACCAAAAACUAACACCCAGACUGUGCAGAACCUCAUUGUAGUCAAAGGAAGAGGCUCAAACUCUGCAUGCAGGCUCCCAUAGGUCUUUAUUUAUGUGUGAUGUUCAACCCUGAUCCAGGACUGUCGCAUAGCACAGUUCUGGAUCUCCGAGAAUCUGAUCAGUCGGGUUUGUGAGAUGGGUUACAGGAGGAAUGUUGAACUCUUUUACUAUCAUAUACAAUGACACAUUUUCACAACAACAAAGAUUUCUUGGUGAGGCUGUUUGUUGACCUCUUACAGUUUGUUAGUUUAUCACUCAGUGAGGCAGCAAAUUCAUCCGGAGUGAACUCGAACCGGGAAAACAGAGAUUAGGCUGUGUGGGUUGCGUUCAGAAUGAAUGUUUUUCUUUCUUUCUUUCUUUGAAAAGGUGAAAGUCCUAAUUUGCACUGACUUUGAUAGAAGGGACAUUUCUUAGUUGUAGUAAAUUGUGUUUGUUCCUCUGCUUCACACCUUUUAAAGCCACUUACAAGAUUAUCUCCCAUCCAGUGAAUAUAUAUAUAUAUAUAUAUAUAUAUAUAUAUAUUGUUCAGUGCUCUUCCUGUAGCCAAUGUUAUGAACCUGUGAGUGACUGAAAUGUGACAUGCUCUUCAUCAGACAGCCCUCCCUAAUAAAACUGUAGAUAACACCUCUGUAUGCCCUCCUAAAUGAAAACCCUCUUCGGUUUGAUGGCAGUAAAAAUAAACCCUCACACAGCAAAGAAUCAGCUGCUGUAGAGUUUGGCCGGUUAGUGGAAACCUACUGUUUGUUACCGACUGUAACCACUACCUGUUCACCUGUUUGUACUUAAGAAGUCAGAUACAGAAGGCCAAAAAAAAAGAGGAAAUGCCUCUACUGUUUGUCUGCCAUGUUUUCAGAUCUUUAAUUAAAUCUCACUGAACGAGAUCAGACAUACAUAUACAUAAAUACAUGCUCAGCUCUGCCUCAUAGAGACCAUGUUCUGUCUGGAUCAACGGUCUCCGGUUUAAUUGGUUCAAGUGAGUAUGAUUAAUCUGUUCUGUGUCUGUACGUCCGCUCUGAUUCAGAGCAUUGACUAAAAUGUUCCUCUGGUUGGAUUUUCUUUCUUGAAUGCACCCCGCCCCGACUGUUUGGACACUUUUUUUUGACUGGCUGUGUUUUUUUUUUUUCCACACUCUGGAACGAUAGAUAGUUGUGUUUUUGGGUGCAGGAGGGGGGGAACUCUGAAAGUUUAUUCCAGCAAAUUCAUCUCUUGAAAAGGUACCUUUGACAAUGUUUUCUACAGUGAAGAAACAUGAGCUGCUUAUUUGUUGUCUUUGCCUCGUGGGAGACUCUGAGACGCAACCUGGUUCUUGAAGUGGAAACGGAGACAAUGGAAGAACUUUAAUUAAUUAAAAAAAACCUCUAAAGGAAGAAGAUGGACGGACUGCCUUACACGUCUUCCAGUGGACACUUUAUGUCUUGUAAAAAGAAAAUGUUUUUUUGUACUGAUGGUUUGAUUUGUUCACCUUGGAGCUGUUUGUGUUUAGUUUGCUGUUGUAUGUACAGUAGGAAGUGACUCUGUAACUGACUGGUUUUAACUUAAAAAGUCAUUUUUUUAUGUUUUUUUACAUCAGAGGUUUUUUUGUAUUAAAACUUGCUUGCGUAAACCA